CGUGAGGAUCACGUGCCGUGUCCCAGAGUCCAGUUGUCCCAGUGGUCCCAGUGGUCCUCGAGCUUCACCGUCAUGGCCUCCUUGUGUCAGCUCGUGAGCAGAGGCUUCUGCUCGUCGGCCGCUCGGAACACCGUCAUCAAACAUGUCACGGUCAUCGGGGCGGGGCUGAUGGGCGCGGGCAUCACUCAGGUGGCAGCUUGCACAGGCCACACGGUGUCCCUGGUGGACGUGUCCGAAGACGUCCUGAAGAAGUCCGUCCAAGGCAUGGAAGGAAGCCUCCGAAGAGUGGCCAAAAAGAAGUUUGCUGACAAACAUGAGGCAGCUGAGGAAUUCAUCCAGAAGGUCCUGCAGAACGUCUCCGUUUCAACGGACGUCGCCUCGGCUGUUGCUGCUUCACAUCUGGUGUUGGAGGCCAUCGUUGAAAAUCUGAAAGUCAAACGGGAUCUUUUUGCACGUCUUGACAAGCUGGCCCCCGAGCACACAAUCUUUGCUAGCAACACGUCCUCUCUGCCCAUCACUGACAUCGCCAGCUCCACCAGCAGGCAGGACAGGUUUGGUGGUCUUCACUUCUUUAACCCAGUCCCCAUGAUGAAGCUCGUCGAGGUUGUUGGAACGUCAGCAACGAGUCGAGAGACGUUUGAUUCCCUCCUGAACUUCAGCAGGUCUCUUGGUAAGACAGCGGUCUCCUGCAAGGACACACCUGGAUUCAUUGUAAAUCGUCUGUUAGUUCCUUACAUGAUGGAGGCGGUCCGACUGUACGAGAGAGGUGAUGGAUCCAAAGAAGACAUUGAUAUUGCUAUGAAACUCGGAGCUGGGUAUCCCAUGGGGCCCUUUGAGCUCGGUGACUACGUGGGGCUGGAUACAAUAAAAUUCAUUAUUGAUGGUUGGAGCGCCUACAAUCCUGACAACCCACUUUUUGCUCAGAGUGAAUUGCUCAACAAGCUGGUUGCAGACGGCAAACUUGGCAGAAAGACUGGAGAGGGAUUCUACAAGUAUAAGUAAUGACGUGUGUAGGUGUCGCUGUCAGAACAUGUGAGAAACGAAUUUAAAAUGCUUUGUUUUCAGAUGUCCUCUGAAUCAGAAUGCUUUGAUUUUCCUUGUACAAUGAAGUACAUCAUUUCUUUUCAUUCAGCCGUCCUAAAGAUGGACACAAGUGUACACGUGAAUGAUUUUCAUCACAUUCGAUUAAAGACAGUUUUCAAAAA